CAGCAUUUAACAUCAAGGGAAACACACUUCACUCUGCUUUUAAAAUACCUGCCAACAGGGGAUUUCAAUACUGCACACUUGAUACAGAUAGACUUAAUACAAUACGAGCACAGUUAAGAAAACUGAAAGUUAUAUUUAUUGAUGAGAUUUCAAUGGUAGGCAAUGGAAUGUUCAACUUUCUUAACUUACGACUGCAGCAAAUAAUGGGAAACAAGUCACCAUUUGGAAAUCUGAGCUUGAUAACAGUUGGAGACUUAUUCCAAUUAAAACCAGUAUUUGAUAAAUGGAUCUUUGAAAAUACCAAUGAUUCUUACAGUGCUUUAGCAACCAACAUUUGGAAGGAGUAUUUUACCUUGUUUGAACUCAGGGAAAUCAUGAGGCAAAAAGAUGACAAGGACUUUGCAGAACUAUUAAACAGACUUAGAGAAGGAAAACAUAACCAAAAUGAUAUUAAGGUCCUUAAAGAAAGAAUUGUAAAAAUUAAACCUGGUGAGAAAAAUUAUCCCAUCAAUAAAACACAUCUAUACUCAACAAAUGCACAAGUAAAUGAUCACAACAAUGCAAUGUAUCAAACUGCACAUACUCAAAAAGCUCAAAUUAAAUGUAUUGACAUAGUUGUUGGAGAUAUGUCUGAUGACCUAAAAAACAAAGUCAAAGAAAAAAUUCCAGAUGAUCACACUAAAACUAUGGGCUUAUUUAAUGUUGUUUCAGUUGCUGUGGGAGCAAAAUAUGACUUGACAACAAAUGUCAAUGUAACUGAUGGUAUGACAAAUGGUGCCGAGUGUGUCAUAGAGAAGAUAGACUACAGAGUUAAAGACUCCACUAGGCCAAGUAUCAUCUGGGUAUCUUUCCCAGAAGCUAGCAUAGGUCAAAACCAUCGCAAUGAAUUUGCACAUUUAUUUAACAAAAAUGUGGAUAGAACCUGGACACCAAUUUUAGAGAUAACUAGACAAUUCAAGAUUUCAAAGCGACAUCAAUGCCAGAUACUUCGUAGACAAUAUCCUUUACGGCCAGCAGCAGCUAAGACUAUCCAUCGUUGCCAAGGUGACACACUUAAUGAAGCAGUACUUGAUUUACCAUCAUCAACCAGAGAGCACAUGCAUUAUGUUGCUUUAAGUAGAGUAAAAAAUUGUUCAACACUACAUAUAAUCAACCUAAAUGAA